ACAACCGGAAUAAUCAAGUGAUCAAGAAUAUCACUUAUAUUUAUAGACAAAAUUGUUAAACUAAAUCACCAUAAUGGCAUUAUCAAAAUCAUUUCAGAAAGGACAAGUUCCAAUGUUAUGUCAGAUGUGUGAGGAAUCAAAUGAGAUUAAAUGGAAAUGUAUACAAUGUGACUUUCUCUUGUGUACAAAAUGUCAGAAACUUCAUCAAAAAGUGAAAUCAACUGACCAGCAUAUAAUUAUAGAAAUAAAGGACAUUCCUUUACACCAGCAACAGAGUAAGGAUAAACUAGAUUUAAGUAACAUUCAAUGUGGAAUUCAUAGUGAACACAACUGUUUCUUAUUUUGUCAAUCUUGUGAAGUAGUUGUCUGCCCUUUGUGUAUAACAAAAAUUCAUAACAAACACACUAUGGUUGAACUAGCUGAAGGAUAUCAACUUACAUUGAAAUCAAUGAAAACGUUCAAUUCUGAGAUUGAAGAGGAAAUAGAUCAAAAUGAAGAAGUAUUAUCUGAACUUGGAAUUUUGAAAUCUUCAGAAGAUCGCAAAUAUGAAUUGGAAAAGCAGAAUAUUCUCAACCGAGAAAAAAUACUAAAGGAUGAAGUUGAAAAGCAUACCAAUAAACUUUUGAAAGAACUUGAUCAGAGAAAGGAAAUUCUGAUGCAAUCAGUGAAUAAUGCUCGAAAUAGAUCACAGAAGAUCAACAAAGAUUUAGACCUUAGGAGAAAGAAUUUAAACCACGCCUUAAAUUCAAAUAUUGCUAAUCAAGUUUUCAACAUAUAUUCGGAGGAGAAAACUUCAAGACAACAAAGAAUAGUACCUGCCAGCCCUAAAUUUAAAAAGUUGCCUAAGUUUGUCCCAGGUAAAAAUAUAGUUCAAGAUUUCUACGUUGGAGAAUUAAAGGAAUCUGAUGAUGACCAAAAGAUAUUUGAAUUUAAAGUCAUAAAGCAAUACAAAACAGAGUUUGAGAUGGUUAACAAUUUAGUCUGUUUUGAUGACCGAAGUAUUUUUAUCUCUGGUUAUCCAAGUGACCUACUUCUAUCUACAAAAGAAUCAAACCUUACAAUACUUUCCGGUAGUACCAGUAAAGUGAAUCCAACAAAGUUCAGUGUAAAUCCUUUAAUAACUCUUGGUGUCCAUGUAACAAGCGACCAUAAGAUCUUAGUUGGUGUGAGAGAGAACCAACCAAAAACCUUUCCUGUCAAUGGUCCAAGACAAGUUAUCAUGAUGAGUAUGGAUGGAAAAAAAGAAAAAGUGUAUCAUACUGACAACAAAGGGAAAUUAAUAUUUACUGUUCCCUUCAGAAUAACUACUGACAAUGACAAUAACAUUUAUGUCAUUGAUAUUCUAGAUGAAGAAUAUAGAGGUAGAAUAGUGGCAUUAGAUAAGACAAACAUAGUGAGAUGGAUAUACACCGGUAAUCCAGAUAUAAACAAGAAACAAACUAUGAAACCUGGAGAUUUGGUGGCUACAAAAUCUGACAACAUUAUAGUUACAGAUGACCAUCAUCACAUGAUUUAUAUCCUCAAUACUAUAGGACAGUGCAUUCAUUACCUUAACACUAAGGAUCAGUUAGGUAUCCAUAUUCCAUACUCUUUAGACAUAGACAGUACAGGCACAUUGUACAUAGGCUGUUGUACAUAUGAAAGUGAACCCAACGAAGCCAAAAUAUAUACUGUUUCUGGAUUCUGA